AUGGUUUAAAAUGACGAAUCAAACAUAAUAACGUGUCGAUCAGUUUCGGCUUUUAUUUACAAUUGUUCACAUAAUUUAUCGAUAAAUAAUGGAGUAACAGACAUUAUUAUCUGUGUGUUUUUUACAUCAAUAAUAGUUUCAAUUUUUUUUCUUACUCGAUAAAAUACCUGUGUGUGCAACGAGCUGAGCUUUUUGAUACGAAAAAUUUUUCCAUUAAAAUGAUUGAUAUAAAUUUAUCACAUUUCAAUUUUUCUAUUAUAGUAAAUAUGAUUCUAUCUAUAAUAUCAUAUUUUUUAACUGUUAAUUUGAUACCAAAUAUCAAAGAAACUUUUAUAAAAGCUAACCUAUACGGAAUUGAUAUGAACAAAAGAAAUGGAGGUAAAAUACCUGAAGCUCUUGGAGUAGUUAGUGGGUGUAUAUUUCUUAUUACUCUCGUUCUUUUUAUUCCUAUACCAUUUACCAAUUAUAUCUUCGAUAAUGCAAGUUUUCCUCAUCAUGAGUUUGUCGAAUACCUGGCAGCUCUUCUUUCAAUAUGUUGUAUGCUCCUACUCGGUUUUGCUGAUGAUGUCCUUGAUCUUCGAUGGAGACAUAAACUCUUGUUGCCUACAAUAGCUUCAUUACCGUUGUUAAUGGUUUAUUACGUUAAUUUUAAUUCAACAAUUAUCAUUGUCCCAAGACCGUUAAGAGACUGGUUAGGAUUAUCAGUCGAUUUAGGAAUUUUUUAUUACGUUUACAUGGGAAUGUUGGCAGUGUUUUGUACAAACGCGAUUAACAUUCUAGCUGGCGUUAACGGCCUUGAAGUUGGACAAAGUUUAGUGAUAGCCAUUAGUAUAAUGAUAUUUAAUAUCAUUGAAUUGAGCGGAUCUUUGUGGAAAUCACAUCAGUUUUCAUUAUACUUCAUACUUCCAUACAUAACAACAUCGCUAGCACUCAUCAAAUAUAAUUGGUAUCCUGCACAGGUUUUUGUUGGAGAUACUUUUUGUUAUUUAUCUGGAAUGACAUUUGCGGUCGUAGGCAUUUUUGGACACUUCAGUAAAACUACUUUGUUAUUUUUUAUUCCUCAAAUUAUCAACUUUUUAUACAGUGGUCCUCAACUAUUCCGAUUAAUUCCUUGCCCAAGGCAUCGACUUCCAAGAUUCAAUAAAGACACCGGCAAAUUAGACCCGAGUGUUGUAAUUUUUAAUAAAUCCGAGCUCAAUAAACUAGCAAGACUGAUUAUGAAUUUAUUUAAGACACUAAAACUAGUCAAAUGGGAAGAAGAUAAAGAUGGCACUGUAACAUGUAAUAAUUUGACGUUAAUUAAUUUCCUUUUAAUUUCUAUUGGACCUACUAAGGAAGUAAAAGUAACUAAAAUGUUAUUAUUGAUUCAGGUUGCCAGUACGAUUUUAACAUUUUUAAUAAGAUAUCCUUUUGCUUCACUAUUUUACGAUGUAUAGUUUUGAUAGAAUAGUUAUAUACUUAAAGGCUGUUGAUUUUUUAAAAUAAUU